GUCAACUGUCAUUCCAUCGAAAAUGUCUAAAGUCUAAAAAAUAUUUCAAAAAUUUGGCUACUAAAAUUUUCGUUUCAACUACGAUCAAUCGUCGAAAUAAACAAGGAAACAGUUUUACCAGAAUCUCCAGACAACUCGCAUCGAUCCAAAUGUUUCUAAAUUAUAGAAAAAUUCCGACAUUUACACAAUAACAUCCACAGACGUUUGGUGCAUUGAAAAUGUAAAAUGGAAUUGGUUUCGAUAUCGCUUCGUUACAAUUUCCUAUCGGCCGCAUCUAAAUUGUUCCUAGCACACAGGAAUUACGCUAGGCUAGCUGAAGUGGGUAGAUUGGAAACCCCAAAGGUUUCGGGUAAAUAUGAAACUGGACAGCUAAUACUGCACAGGGUGUUCGGUUACCGGGGCGUCGUUCUGUUCCCCUGGCUGGCCAGAGUCUACGACAGAGAUCUUCCCAAUCGCAGAGAGGGCGAAGAGAGCCAAGCAACUGGAGCUGGGAAAGAAGUACGGGGGCGUACCCACACGUUUUACCAAGUUCUGAUCGAUCAAAGGGAUUGCCCUUACAUUAGGGCUCAAACCGAGGCGGUUACGUUCCUCGGGAACCAAGACUCGUCCCGAAGCUUGUACGCUAUACCGGGUUUGGAUUAUGUAGCUCACGAAGACAUUAUACCCUACGUUAGCGCCGAAAAGAGCCCUUUGAAUCACGAAUUAUUCGACAAAUUUUUAACUCCAAACACCAAAGGAGAUCCUCCAUUUACUGCUCAAGAAACGUUGAAAGCCUGGCAGAACAAAAACCACCCGUGGCUCGAGCUCUCCGAUGUACACAAAGAAACAACGGAAAAUAUUAGAGUGACGGUCAUCCCGUUUUACAUGGGAUGUAGGGAAUCACAUGCCAAUUCCGUCUACUGGUGGAGAUACUGCAUACGCUUAGAAAAUUUGGGUUCGCUGAGCGUCCAGCUGAGGGAGAGGCACUGGAGGAUAUUCUCUCUAUCCGGAACGCUGGAAACUGUAAGAGGAAGAGGCGUUGUGGGUCAGGAGCCGGCUCUAACGAGAGCUUUGCCGGCUUUUCAGUACAGCAGUCACGUCAGUCUGCAAGCGCCUAGCGGUCAUAUGUGGGGCACUUUUCGAAUGGAAAGGGAAGAUGGCUACACUUUCGACUGCAGAAUACCGCCGUUUUCUUUAGAAAGUAAACCCGAAAGCGGAUCUGCGUCCCCUCCGGAAUCUAUUUAAUUUUAAUACCCCGAGAUAUGUAGGAAUUUAUGAGUUUCCAGGACUUUUUUUUGUUUUUUAUUAGUAAUAAAGUUGCUUAAUUCGACUGUACUUUUAAAUGCUUCGGACUUGGAUUUAUACUAACUUGACUAACAGUUUACAAAUUUGAUGCUUCUACCAUUAUUCUUUAUGUUAACUAUUUUAUAUACCUAAAUUUCGAAAUAUUCGUAUUUUUUAACCAUAUAUUGUUAACAUUUUCCGGCAAUUAUUGUCUCAUAAAUUCCUACCUAUUUAAAUAAAAAUUAACCAUGUACAUACAGUUAUUUAGUAUGCAAAAAUGUAUGGAAUAUAAGAAUUUUUAUAUCGAAAAAAUUCGUCGGGUAAGAUUUCGAGAAUGUAUGUUGUUUUGCAAACAGCUCCUGCGGUUCUAUUAAACUAGAAUGCUUUUAUUAAAACAAAUAUAAAUUAGAAAUCACACAAAAAAAGUAUAAUAAUAGCUCGCAUCAAAUUAAUAGAUAUUGAUCGAUUGCAUUGAAAUUAACUAAUAGAUAUUCAAUAGGUAACGAUUUUGUUCAACAACGAAAUUAAAAAAAAAAAAAAGAAAAAUCUCCACAAACGGGAUUAUUACAUUCACACAAAAUUAUCGAUCUUGCGCUAAACAUUUCCAAAAUAUCCAAUCUACAAUAUGAUUCAUCUUAUCUAUUAAAACUACUGAAACCCAGUCCCACGCCUCUCAUAGUGUGAGUCGUCGUCCUGGCCACUUCGUAUUGUUGUUCCAUAGCGCUAAACAUUUCGUCCUGCUUUCUCAGCGC